AUGUAAUGUAAUAAUUUAAAGUUGAAUAAGUUGGAUAAAAUCAAAAAGAUUGAAAAGAGAAAAAAAUCAUAUAGUGUUUAAGAGAAUUAAAAAAAUAAUUCCAAAAUAUAUAGGAAACAUGAAAUUUAUGUAGAAAGUUACAAAUAUUCAUAAAUAAAGUGAUAAAAAUUUAUCAAAUAGUAUUAUUAUUUUUAUUUUAUUUUAUUGAACAUAAAGGAAAGAAAAUUAAAAUGCAGCAAAAAUACAGCACAGAUUUAAUAAUUGAUACAAGAAUUUGAAAGAAUUUUGAGAAACAAAGAAUACUAUCCCUCACAAAAAUUAAUAUUAAAUAUACAGAAAUAAACCUUAAGAGGUGGCGGAUGUUUAAAUUCUAUAUAAUAAGUUUCUUAACCUGCUAAAUUCUCAUUAUAUAUUCCUCCAGAUUUUUCUUCAAAUAUUUAAAAAUAUUCAAAUAUAAUUGCAGAGAAAGCAUCUUUAAUAUUUGAUAAAAUAAAAAAAAAUGAUGUUUUGAUAGCAUUUUUAUGGUUUUAAGAUAAUGCUAUUAAUAUUUAGUCCUUAUGUUUAAAUGAUUAAAUGACCUUAAAGCAUUAUCCUUUAAUUGAAAAAACUUUAGAAAAUUUAAUGAAAUGUCUUGAUAUUUAUUUAAAAAGUUCAGGAUAUUUAUUUUAUUAAUUGCUUCAAAUUUGUAAUUGUUUAAUAAGGGUUAUUUUUUCUUAUCAACUAAAAAAUGAAGAUAGAUUUUUUCAAGAGAGCUUAAAAUAAGUUUUUUUAGAAUAAAUUGCUAAUAUUGAAACUUUGAUGUAAAUAGAAUCCACCAAUAUUUGGAUCACCGGUGUUGAAUUUGAACUUUAAUUGAUAAAAACGUGGCUUACUCAUUGUCGUACUAAUGCUUAAGACUCCAAAUAAUUAGGAUUAGCUGUAUUAAGUGGAAUAUUAUCAUCAAUUGUAUAACUUAAGCCUAGUGAUGAAUUAAUAGAAUCUUUAUAUGAAAGCGCUAAAUUUAUAUUGAUGAAUUUUUUUGAAUGUUAAGCAAAAAAUCCAAUAUAAAAAUAUGAAAUAUAUUACUUUUUUGAAAGCUUGAAAUGGUCUAUUUUAAAUUAGUUAUUGAAAGGAUGUUCUGUAUAAAAAUAUAUUAAAUAAAUAGAAGAAGGUUAUAAAAAAUAUAUAGAACCAUCAAAAGACUGGAUGAUACAUUUUUGCUGGAUAAAUGUACUAUCUGACUUAAUUUCAUACAGACCUAUAAUUAACAAGAAAAAUAUUCCGUAUAUAAUUAAAUCCCCCUUACCAGAUCAUGAAAUUUUUAAACAGCUAUUAAAUUCUUAACAUAUUAUGUCUAUUCCUUAUGAUAAAAAUUAAGCAAGAGUUCAAAUUUUCAAUGUAGAAACAUCCAACUAUUAAAUAUUUAAGGAAUUAAAAAUAUUUUAAGAGUAUCUCGUAUCUGAAGAAAUUCAUGAACUCAACUUAUGGCAUUAAUAUAUUAAUUUUGAAAUUAAUAAUAAAUAAAACUCUAAUAUAAGCAAUUAUGAUUUAAAUUUAUAGUUAUUGAGAAGUUAAACUAACUGUGAUGAAAUUGUUAAAUUAAAUAAACUUUUAUAAAAUUUAAGAGAUGAGAUUUUAAAAUUAAUUGAUGAUUUAAAAUAAAAGAAAAUAUCAUUAUUUAAUACUAAAAAUGUAAAAUAAAUAAAACUCAAUAUCUAAAAAUAAGAUCUAAAAUCUGAAUUGAAAUAAUUAAAAUAAAAAACUUUAUAAUUCAUUUAUAUUUGUAAUGAAAUUGAUUUCAAAUUAAAUUAAGAAAAAGUAAAAAUUAACUCAAUUAUGGAAACAUUAAAAUUAAAUGAAGAAGCUUUUUAAUUAAAAUCAGAAAAGUAAUUAAUUUUUGAUUCCUUUGAUAAAAUAAAAUAAUCUUUUAAAUAAUUGAAACUCAAUGAAGUAUUUGAUGUUUGGUUUCCCUUUUUUAAAUUUAUAUAUAUAAAUUAUGAUGUUUUAAAACCUAUAGAUUAAAAGGAAUUGGAUGAAGGAAAUGCUUUUGAUUAAGUAUUAUUUAAUUCUACUGUUACUCAGAUAAUUGAUCAAGUGAAUAUGUUAAUUAACUUAAUAAAAGAAUUUUAAAUAAAUUUUACAUCAAUAUUAUGUUAAAAAACAUUUCAAUUAGUUCUUGAAGAUACUAUGUCAUUUAAAAUACUGUAAGGAAAAUUAAAAAAAAUUUAUAAAUUAUCUUUUUUCAAAUAAAUGAUAGUUAAAUCAAAAUAAUUUAUUUUAUAGAAUUUCUCAAUUGAAAAAUGGGAAUUUUAGUCAACAAAUUAUCAAUAGUAUUUAAUUGAGUGUAGAAUUCUUAUUCUUAUGAUCUUUACCAUUUAUCGACUUUUAUAAAUUAAUAGUAUUAAAUUAAAGAUAGUUUAAGAAAAAUUAACUAAAUAAUUGAGUUAAUCAUAAGAAAAUAAUAUAAAUAAUAAAAAUAAGAGAAAAUUUAAAGAUUAAAUUCUUAAAAAAAUAAAAAGCCAAAAAGAAAAAUUAGAAUCAAUUAAAAGUAAAAAUAAUUCUACUGAGGCUCAUUUAGGAGAAAAUUAAGAAUAUGCUGAUGUUAUUAAAUCAAUUCAUAAAGAUAUUGAAGAGAUUUCUAAAAGCGAUUUCGAUUAACAAUUUAAAAAUAAUUUUAUAACUAUUUUUAAAGAAGUAAUUAAUAAAUUAUAGAAACUUUUAUUUACUCCCAACAAUAAAACUUAAAUUUUAAAAGAAGUUUUAGAAAUUUAUGAGAAAAAAUAUGAAAAUUUGACCAAUGAAGAUCAAGAUUACAAUAGAAAGAAUUCUUUACUUUUAACAAAGGGUGAGAAACAAUAAACAAAUAAAUCUAAUAAAAAAGAAAAUGAUUUUUCUUAAGAAUCUGAAUUAAUCAAAUCUUUAAGCAAUAUUUUGUAAAUGACGAAAAAAAUAAGACUUGUAUUAAAGAUUAAUUUAAAUAUACAUAUAAUGACACAAAAUGAUCUAAAUAAAGAAUAAAACUCAAACACACAGGCUUAAGAAAUUUUUAAUAUGGAACCAACUCUAAAAAACCUUUAAGAGUAAAUUUUAAUAACAUAAUAACAAAUGGAAAAUAUUAGUUAGAAUAUCUUUGAUUAAGAAGAACAAAAUACACUAAAUUAAUCUUACUAAUGCGAUUUAUAUUAAUCUUAUUUAACGUUAUUUGAUUCAAAUAUAAAUUAAUCACAUAUGAUGAAAAAUUAAUUUGAAGAAAUUACACCUGAUGAGCAUUUGAAUUUUAUGUUUUAGUAAUAAAAUUUGGAAUCUGAUUUAUAAUAAAAUUUAGGGAUAUUGACUUUAUUUGAGAAUAAUUCUUAUAAAGUGAGAGAAUUACUUGCAUUUAAUUUGAUUAGAACUUAAUAUAUUGUUUAGGAGGGAACAAUAUAAGAUAUAUGUUCUAACCUUUUAAAACAAAUUUGGAUUAUUGAAAAAAAUCCUAGCGUAAGGAGAGUCUUAUAAAAUCAGGAGAUGAUUGAAAUGCAAAAAUAACUAUUUUCAAAAGAUCUUUCUUUAUUUUCAAAUUAAUUAAAACAAGAUAUGAAAAAUAAAUUAAAGAAAAUUGAGAAGUUAGAGAAGCAAAUCUUUUCAAAUGAUAAUUCAGAGGAAUUAUAAAUUUAGUUUUAGCAAGCUUAUGAUGAAUUCGAAAUAUUUUUAGAUAAUUUAGAUGAUAUGUCUGAAAAAUUAGAUAUUUAAAUGAUUUUUUUAAAAGAUAUAAGCAAAAAUUUGUAAACAAUAAAAUGUAAACUAGAUCAAUUAAUAAAAAAUGUAUCAGAUAUUGGAAAUGAUGUUAGAAGAUUGAGAGGUAAGAAUAUUUAUGAAUUAUUAUAAUUAAGAAAAGAAAAAGUAUUAAAAUAAAAGGAAGAAAAUGAAUUAAAUUAAAUUUAUAUUGAAUAGAGAACAUAAGAAUUUGAUAAAACUGGAUAAAAAAUAACUGAUGAUAAAAGUAAUCCUAAAAUCACAUUUCUGUUAAAAGAUGAUUAAAAUGAUGAUGAAAAUGGUGAAAUAAAUAAAUUUUUAUGGAAAGAAAGAUAUAAAGAUGUAUUAUUAAUAAAAGGAAAGGCUGGUUCUGGCAAAAGUAGAGCUGCAAGAAAUAUUGAAGAAUUUUUAUGGAAAUUUAAUACUUAAUAAUCGGAUUGGUAUCCAAUCUAUAUUUCUUUACCUUCUUUAAGUGAUCCUUUACAUAAUUUAAUUGAUUAGGCAUUAGAAUCAGAAAUUUACAAUUUUGAUAAAUUAUAAAUAAGAGAAUUUAAAGAGGCAAUCUAAAAUGAAAAUUUAAAAAUUGUUUUGAUAUUGGAUAGUUAUGAUGAGAUGAAAAAUGAAUUUAUUUAAACUAAUUUAAUUACAACAAAUCGUUUGAGAUAAGAUAAAAAUCUUAAAGAAUCUGGAUAAAAUCUCAAAGUUAUCAUCACUUGUAGAGAAGAAAUAUUAACUUCUUCAUCUUAUUAAUCUUGGUUUUAUGGAAAGACACCAGAUACAUUUAAAGAAGUUUAAUUGGUUCCAUUUGAUUAAAAAUAAAGUAGUCGUUACAUAGAAUUAUUUAUUAAGCUGAGCAUAAGAAGAGAAUUAUCAUAAUUUUAUGAUUUGAUUAAAUAAUUAAAAGGCAGUGGAUUUAUAUUUUCUGAAUUUAGAGACAUUUGUUUAUAACUAGACAGUUUGAUAGAGGAAAUUAUAAAAGCUUCAUAAAACUAGGAUAUUCUUGUGCAAGAUCAAGAUGCAAAAAAAAUAGUUAAAAAAUUAAAAUAAAUACCACAAUUUUAAUUUGUUAAAGACCAAUAGUUUUUAUUUUUAUAAAAAGGACUUCUUUCAUUAUGGAGUGAAUAAAUAUUCAUCUAAACAAUUCAAAACUUAAAAAUUAAUGAUUUUUUGAAAACACCGUUUAUGAUGGAGAUAAUUGUAUAAAUUUUACCAAAAAUCUCUUAAAACUAUUUACAAUCUUCGAAAAUAAGAUAGUUGUUGUAAAAUAAUUAUAAAAAAUUGAAAUUUUAAAUACUUUAAUAAAAUUAAGCGUUAUAAUAUUAUAAAUCAAAAAAAGAAAAUAAAUUAGAAGACAAUUUUAAAGAAGUCAAUUUUAACGAAGAAAUUGAAAAACCAUUAUCUGAAAUUAUUUAGGAAUUAGAAGAUCAAGGCUUUUUUGACAAGUACUAAAUAUCCUCUAAAGUAGAGUUUAAGGAUUCUUCUAUAAAACAAUCAAAUGUGGAAUAUAAAUUAAAAUUUGAUGCUGAAGUAAUUUAUUAAUCUUUAAAAAAUAACUAAUUUACUACUUAUGAUUUUUAUGAGAUGUUUGUUAAUUACUACCAUUAACAAUAGAUAUAAAAAUGGAUUGAAUUAGGAAAAAUAUCUAAUUAACAGAUGAUUUCAAUUGAUUUAUUAGAGUUUUCUUAAUCUUUAGCUUUAGAUAUGAUAAUACAUCAAUAAUUUUAAGUGAAUUAUCAGCCAAAAGGUAGAUUAAUGCUUUCUUCAAUAAGUUAAUAAAAGUAAAAAUAAUAAUUAUAAUGGGAAGAUUAAUAUUUUAGUGAAUUGGAUUCUGAUUCUGAUUACAAAAAGCUAAUAAGAAAAUGUAUUCUAUUGAGCUCUAAAGGAAGUUAACAUUCAUUUACUCAUAAAUCAAUAUAAGAAUUUUUUGUUGCAAAAUACAUAUUAUAUCAAUUAGAAAAUAUAUAUAAUAAUAAAUUGAGUGAUGAAUAAUAANUGAUUAAAUAAUUAAAAGGCAGUGGAUUUAUAUUUUCUGAAUUUAGAGACAUUUGUUUAUAACUAGACAGUUUGAUAGAGGAAAUUAUAAAAGCUUCAUAAAACUAGGAUAUUCUUGUGCAAGAUCAAGAUGCAAAAAAAAUAGUUAAAAAAUUAAAAUAAAUACCACAAUUUUAAUUUGUUAAAGACCAAUAGUUUUUAUUUUUAUAAAAAGGACUUCUUUCAUUAUGGAGUGAAUAAAUAUUCAUCUAAACAAUUCAAAACUUAAAAAUUAAUGAUUUUUUGAAAACACCGUUUAUGAUGGAGAUAAUUGUAUAAAUUUUACCAAAAAUCUCUUAAAACUAUUUACAAUCUUCGAAAAUAAGAUAGUUGUUGUAAAAUAAUUAUAAAAAAUUGAAAUUUUAAAUACUUUAAUAAAAUUAAGCGUUAUAAUAUUAUAAAUCAAAAAAAGAAAAUAAAUUAGAAGACAAUUUUAAAGAAGUCAAUUUUAACGAAGAAAUUGAAAAACCAUUAUCUGAAAUUAUUUAGGAAUUAGAAGAUCAAGGCUUUUUUGACAAGUACUAAAUAUCCUCUAAAGUAGAGUUUAAGGAUUCUUCUAUAAAACAAUCAAAUGUGGAAUAUAAAUUAAAAUUUGAUGCUGAAGUAAUUUAUUAAUCUUUAAAAAAUAACUAAUUUACUACUUAUGAUUUUUAUGAGAUGUUUGUUAAUUACUACCAUUAACAAUAGAUAUAAAAAUGGAUUGAAUUAGGAAAAAUAUCUAAUUAACAGAUGAUUUCAAUUGAUUUAUUAGAGUUUUCUUAAUCUUUAGCUUUAGAUAUGAUAAUACAUCAAUAAUUUUAAGUGAAUUAUCAGCCAAAAGGUAGAUUAAUGCUUUCUUCAAUAAGUUAAUAAAAGUAAAAAUAAUAAUUAUAAUGGGAAGAUUAAUAUUUUAGUGAAUUGGAUUCUGAUUCUGAUUACAAAAAGCUAAUAAGAAAAUGUAUUCUAUUGAGCUCUAAAGGAAGUUAACAUUCAUUUACUCAUAAAUCAAUAUAAGAAUUUUUUGUUGCAAAAUACAUAUUAUAUCAAUUAGAAAAUAUAUAUAAUAAUAAAUUGAGUGAUGAAUAAUAAAUUGAUGAAAAAUUACCUGAAAACAGUUGGAUGUACAAUAAUUUAUUUAAUAUAUCGCAUGAACAUUUUUAAGGGGCUUUAUUGUUACUUAAAGAAAAACUAUAAAAUAAAGAUGAUAUUACAAAAUUAUUGGUGUCAUUAGUUCAGCUAUCAAAGUAAAAAGACUCAAAGUUUAUUCGUUUAGCCUCAAAUUCUAUAUUUCUUUUGAGUUUUUUAGGAAAAAAUCUAGGAAGAUAAAAUUUCAAUUCUGUUUGUCUGUCAGACACAUGCAUAAAUGGACUUAAUUUUUGUGAGAGUUUGUUAUCUAAGACCGUUUUUAAUUAAGUUUCUAUUGAUUCUUGUAAUUUUAAUAAUGCUAUCAUAACUGAUGCAGAAUGGAGUAAUAUAAUUACUAAAGAACGAUAAACGAAGGAUUAUGAAGGUGAAACAUUUCUAGAAAUAGUUUUGAGUGAAAAAAGAGAUGAAUUUUAUACUUUGAGUUUGUUUAAUUAGGAUUAAAUAAUACUUAGAUAAUUUAAUUUUAAAUUUGAUUAAAAACCAAUAGUAAGAAAAUUUAAUUUGAAAUUUAAGGAUGAGAUUAAAUCAAUUUAAAUAGCUAAAAAUUUAUCAAUUAUGUGUUGCAAAACAGAAAGUUCAAUAUAACUCUGGAAUUUGCACGAUUAAAAUAAUAAUAUAAACAAUGAUGAUUGUAUAAUUCUAAGAGAUUUAAGAAAUAUAAAAGUUAUUCUUAGUUAGGAUGGAAAUUAAAUGCUGAUAAGAAUGGGUAAGAAAAUUAUUUGGUUUAAUGAACUUAUUAAUUUAAAAAUGAAUAAUAGAUUAACAACUAAUGAGACAAUACCUGAUUUGAAAUAUAAUAACCUUAAAAUGGCAAUUUCUCUAAAUGCAAAACUUCUAGCCAUUGUAAUUGAUACAAAAAUUAUGUUUUGGGAUAUUCAAGAUUAUCAAAAUAUCACAAAAGUUCAAGAAAUCGAACUCAAUGAAGAGGAUUAUAAUAUUGCUUUUUCUAAAAAUGGAAAUUAUCUUGUUAUAACCCAAUAUAAUUAGCACACUAUUAUGGAAAUUAACAAUCAAAGAAAAAUUAAUAAAAUUUGCUCUUUUUAUAGCUUAAGUAAAAACGAAACAGCCUUGAUAUCCCCGGACAACAAUUAUAUCACUUUUUAUGGUAGUGAGUAUUUAACUAUAUAUUAGACUAUCGAUAUAAAGUAAUUUUAGUAAAAAUAUAGAAUAUAACAUAAGUUAGAAGAUUCAAAAAAUGUGAUUGCAGCUAUUUCAAACAAUUUCGAAUUAUUUGCUUGUACAAGAAAAUUCGCUACUCAUAUUUGGAAUAUUAAAGAACUUAAUUAAAUAUAGUAUUAAGGGGUUUUAGAAUAAGAUGAAUAAUAUGAAAUGUAAAUUUUGGAAUUUUCAAAUGAUUGUUCAUAUUUAAUAUCAUUUGCUUUAUAGUAAGUUUUUUUUAUAUGGGAUUUAAAAUAAAUGAAAUUAAUGAAGAAAUUUACUUAUGAGGAUGAUAUAUCUAGCCUAAUAUUUUCCUCUGAUGGAUAAGUUUUAAUAUCAACUUCUAAUACAAAUAUAGUUCUUUGGGAUAUGUCAAACAUUCAAGAGCCAAUCAUUAUUAGGGAAAUCGAAAAUUACUGCAGAAUUAAAUUUUUAGUUGUAUCAAAAAAAUAAGGUCAUAUGAUUUUAUCUGGUAGAUCCGGAGAUUUUGAUGUUUGGGAAAUUUAGAGUGGUAAGAAAAUUUAAGAAUUCGAUAAAGAGUCCAGUUUCGCGACUUUUAAUGAUGAUGGCAAUAGAUUUGCUACAUAUUAUAGAGGAAUUGUUGAAAUUUGGUAAUUAUAAGAGAAUAUUUUUGUAAUAGAGCAUACGCUUGAAAUUCUUAAUAAACUCAUAUUUUUUAGCUUAAAUAGUGAUGAUUUCUAACUUUUAAAGAAUAAUUAUAAAUUUAUUCUUAAAGAAUUAUUAACUAAAGAUCAUUAAUUUUGUUAAAAUCUAUAAUUAGAAAAUUAAAGUUGCUAAUUAAUUUUGACAGUUGAAAAUGAAUAUAUAGAAAUUUAGAAGAUAGAAGGAUAAAGCUACUAUUAUAUAUAAAAAUAUACAAUAAUUGAAGCUUUUUUUUCUUCAGAUUCCUCUAUUUUAUGUUUUGCAACUCAAAAAAAAUAAAUUAUGAUAAUGGAUAUUUCUAAAACUGAAAUUAUGAGUCAAACUAAUAUUGAAACUACUGAUAUUUGCCGUUUAUCAUUAUCCGAAGUAGAUGAUAUUUUAGCAAUAGCACAUAAAAAUAAAGAUUAGAUCUAAAUUGAUUUAUAUACAAUAAAGGAUCGAAAAAAUCUUCAUAAGCUUAAAUCUACUGAAUGUUUUGGUAUACCUCACACAAUGAUGUUUAUGAAUAAUAAUCAAUAUCUUAUAAUAGGGGUCCGAUUCAUAAUUGGACGUUUUGAUCUUGAUAAUUUUAAAUAACCAUAAUUAGUUGGUUUUACAUAAAAAGAUAAAAAAUUUAUAUAGCAUUUUGAUGGAUAGCAUAUAAUAUUUAUAAAUGAAGAAGGAUAAAUUUCUUUUUCAACAACACAUUCUAUCCAUAAUAUUUCUGGAACUCAUAUUUUAGAUAAAGCCGAAUAAUAUUUUAUUUAUUUUUCAAAAAAAGAAAAAAGUACCAAUAUUAUAGAGAUAUUUUCAUAAUAUGGUAAUAAACUUUAUUUUUAAAAAAUCAAUGCAAAGACUAGUUUAUAAUUAAUUGUAAAAGUUAAAGUAUACGAUAUCUUACAAACAAAUACAGUAGAUUUAUGGAUAUUUAGAGGAGAAAAAAAGAAUAAGCCAUAAUUUAUAAUUUUUGAUUUAAAAAAGAAUACUACAAACACAAUUGAAGAUAAAGAUUAAAAAUUAAAGGAUUUUUAAUUGUCAGAAGAUGAUUAAUAUCUUGUGAGUGCUUAUGAAGAUUCUCAUAUUAAGGUUUGGAAUAUGAAAACUUAUAAGCUUCUCUUUAAAUAAAAGAUGGACACUGAUUCUUUAGAUAGAGUCUUGAUAUCGACUAAAGGCAUGUUAGUAGGUUGUUAUAAAAAUAAAUUAAAAAUUUGGAACUUUAAAGCAUUAAGGCAAUAACAGAAUUUUGAAAUGGAUGGACAUAUUGACUCAUUACAAAAUAUAUUGGUUUCACCAGAUGGUUUAGUUUUAUUUUCUGAAUCAUAACCAUCAGAUAGUUAAGUAUUAUAUUCUGGAAUAAAAUUUUGGGAUUUAGAAUAAUUAUAAUUGUUAAAUGAAUUAGAUAAUGAUUAUGUUGUAGAUUGUAAAUUUGAUAAUAAUGGUAAAUAUUUUGCAUUCAAAAGUAUGAUAUAUAAAGGGAUAGUGGUAUUUAAAUUCAUGAGCAAAUUUAUUAUAGAAAGAUUUGUUCUAUCUGAAUAAUUACGAAAAUUAUACCAUCAUCCAUUUAUUGAUUCAAAAAGAAAAUACUUUUAUUUUACUUCUGAUUCUUAACAGAUAAUCGAAAUUUUUGAGAAAUAUAGCAUUUUCUGGAAUCUGAAAGAAGCAGAAAAAUUGAAUAAAUUGUCUUCUUAUUUUACCAAUUAACAAUCCAUCAUAAAAUUAACUAUUUCGGAUAAUUGCAAAUAUGCCAUAGCUCAUAGUACGUUCUAAAUAUUUGAAGUAGAUGCUGAAAAAAAAUUGAGGGAAAUAAAGACUAAGGACUGUUAAGAACGUAAAGUUCGGAGUUUUUGUUUAUCAUAUGGUUCAAAAAUAAUGGCAAUAUAAUUCUAUUAGGAAGAUAUAUAAUCCGAUUAGGAAGAAAUAUAAUCUGAUUAAGAAGAAAUAUAAUCUGAUUAGGAAGAAAUUGUAUCUUAAGAAAUAUUUAUAUUUUCUCUUUUGUAAAUGGAAAUCAUCUAAACAAUUAAAUGCAAUGAUCAAAUUAGAUCAUUCUGUUUCUCUUUUAAUGAUGAGUUUUUGAUAUUAUUAUGUAGGAAAGAAUAUUUGGUUUUCAAAGUUGAUAACAUUCCAAUUAUUGAAAUAAAAAGAGUAGAGAUUGCUUCGGAUGAAGAAUUUACAAAUAUAUUUCCAUUCUAAGAGAAUUAAUUUAUCUUCUUCUAAAAAUAAUAUAUUCAAGUUUUUUAGAAUUUAGAAUUAUUAAACAAACUUCCGAUUAAAAAAAUUAAAACUAUUGAUGCUUUUUGUACAAAAGAUAAAUUAUUCGCAGUUGCAUCAAAUAGAGAUACAAAUACAAUUCAUAUAUAUGAAUUAAAAAAUUCAGCUGAAAUCAACAAAUUAGCUACUUUGUAUAAUGUUGAAGUAAUUAAAAGUUAUCGUAAUUAUUACAAUUCAGCAAUUUAGUUUUCCUAAAAUUGUUAAUUCUUAAUAUCACUAGGGAAGGACAAAAUCAUUAAAUUAUGGGAUAUUUCAAAUAAAGAUUAGAUUCAAUUACGAUUUUUGAAAAAUAAUAUUUCUGUUAAUGCUUUCAAGAUUUUAUAAGAUAAAAAAAAAGGUCAAUAAGAUCAAGAAUGCAGAAUAGCAUUGGUUGGGAAUGAUAAUACAAUUCAUAUUCAAGAUUAUAAUUUUAAUCUUUUCCUUGCUACUGUUAAAAAAUUACAUCAGGUGGAUGACGAUGUCAAAAAACGUUUUAUAAAAGGGUCAUUUGAUGGAAAAUAUUAAAUAUUUAUAAAAGAAUCAUCUGAUAGAAAUUAUUAAUUAUUUGAACAUGAAUACAAUUUUUUUGAUGAAUUCAAUUAAUCUGAAAUUUUUAAUGAUAAAUCAAUAAUUCCAAAUAUAGAUCCCACUAUUUUUAUUUAUAACUAAGAGAGAUAGUUAAUUAAUAAGAAAACCAUGAUUGAUGAAAAGAGUACUGAAAAUAUUAAGUUUUUUGGUUCAGAAACUUUAGUUUGGUAAGAUAAAACUAAAAUUAUUUUUUGGAAAUUCUUAAUAAAUAAAUAGUACGAAUUUAAUUAUGAGGAAGAAACUUAGUAUUUGUCUUGUUCCCCAAAUGAAUAGGUGUUUUUAGGUUUAUAUGGCGAUAGCAAAAUAUUGGGAAUCUAUAAUAGUUCGACUGGCUAACCAAUAACUUAACCAUAAAUCUUUUAAUGUUCAAUAACUUAAGGGUGUUUUUCUCCUUGCGGUGAAAAAUUUAACAUAGCUUUUAAAGAUGGAUCAGUAUAAUUAUUUAAGUAUGAUUCAAACAAUAUAAAUAAUUGUUAACCACCUAUUUGUUAUAAGGUUUUUGCAAAAAGUUCUCCAUUUCUUGCAAAGAAUUGCCAAAUAAAGGGAUCAUCGUUUACAAGCACCGAAAAUGAAAAUCUUGAGUCAUUAUUUUUAGAAAAAGGAGCCAUAAAUAAAUGA